AUGAAGGAUAAGCCCAAGUACGAGCCCCCGCCUCGACCUACCACACGAGUCGGUCGCAAGAAGAGAAAGGCUGGUGGCACCAGCGCCGCUCAGAAACUUCCCGCCGUCUACCCUACCAGCCGAUGCAAGCUCCGACUUUUGCGAAUGCAGCGAAUCCACGAUCAUCUAUUGCUCGAGGAGGAGUAUGUCGAAAACCAGGAACGCCUACGCAAGGCCAAGGCAGCCAAGGAGGGACAAUCCGCUGGCACUGAUGCCGAUGUCGAUCGAUUAGCAGACGAGCGUGGCCGUGUCGAUGACAUGCGAGGAAGCCCCAUGGGUGUUGGAACUCUAGAGGAGUUGAUCGACGAUGAUCAUGCGAUCGUCAGCAGUACUACUGGUCCCGAGUACUACGUUAGCAUCAUGAGCUUCGUCGACAAGGACUUGUUGGAACCUGGCGCUAGUGUUCUUCUGCAUCACAAGAGCGUCAGUAUUGUUGGCGUGCUGACAGAUGAUGCCGAUCCUAUCGUCAGUGUCAUGAAGCUCGACAAAGCUCCUACCGAGUCAUACGCCGAUAUUGGUGGUCUAGAGCAGCAAAUUCAGGAAGUCAGAGAAUCAGUAGAGUUGCCACUGCUCCAUCCGGAGCUUUACGAAGAGAUGGGUAUCAAGCCUCCCAAGGGUGUCAUUCUCUACGGUGCUCCCGGUACUGGAAAAACAUUGCUAGCCAAGGCCGUCGCCAACCAGACAUCUGCCACUUUCCUACGUAUCGUGGGUAGUGAGCUUAUUCAGAAGUAUCUUGGUGACGGCCCCCGACUUGUGCGACAGCUUUUCCAGGUUGCCGGUGAGAACGCUCCUUCUAUCGUCUUUAUCGACGAAAUCGAUGCCAUUGGUACGAAGCGUUACGAUUCCACAUCGGGUGGUGAGCGUGAAGUUCAGCGAACUAUGCUGGAGC